AUGUCUCGUUCUCUGGAAGCAUUGGCCCGCUGGGCUCUUCCUCUCGGCAUCUUGGCAUCUGGUGCUCAAGCUAGCAUGUACAAUGUUGAAGGCGGCCAUAGAGCUGUUAUUUUUGAUCGUGUACGAGGUGUUAUGCCAACUCCCAUUGGUGAAGGUACUCAUUUCCUUAUUCCAUGGCUGCAGCGAGCAAUCAUGUUUGAAGUUCGCACAAAACCACGAACCAUCUCCACCACCACCGGAUCAAAAGACAUGCAAACUAUUUCUCUGUCACUUCGAGUUUUACAUCGUCCUGAAUACUCUCGUUUGAAUAUCAUAUAUCAAAACUUGGGAAUGGAUUAUGACGAAAGAGUUUUACCUUCUAUUGGAAACGAAGUUCUCAAGGCAAUUGUUGCCCAGUUUGAUGCUGGCGAGCUGAUUACCCAGCGAGAAAUUGUGUCUGGCCGAAUUCGUGACGAAUUGUGCAAGCGUGCCAACGAGUUCAACAUCAUUCUUGAGGAUGUUUCAAUUACACAUUUGACUUUUGGAAAAGACUUUACUGAUGCGGUUGAGCAAAAGGUGAUUGCUCAACAGGAGGCAGAGCGUGCACGAUUUGUGGUUGAAAAGGCAGAACAAGAGAAAAUGGCUGGCAUCAUUCGUGCAGAAGGUGAAUCGCAUGCUGCUAAAUUGGUGUCUGAAGCUUACAAAAAAAGUGGUCAGGCUCAUUUGGAACUGCGACGUAUCGAGGCUUCCAAGGAAAUUGCUGCUACCCUCUCUAGUUCAAAAAAUGUCACCUAUCUGCCUUCCUCCAGGUCUGGCAACACCAACAUGCUUCUUAAAAUUGAUUAAAAAUGAAACUGCUACGAUAUUCAUAUGC